GGGUGUAGAAAUGCUCAGGCUAACGCAUCCUCCAGUUGCAGCAGUAGCCACAACUGGCCCAUCUCUGAACUGCGCUGGUUGGCAGCCUCCAAGGAGCUCCUGCAUGGGGGCCUCAACCUGUUCCCCGUCGACGACAGCGUGAGGGGACUCUGCUCCGGUCCAAAGAAGGAUGCUGAGCAGAUGGAGGAACAGCUUGAAGACGUGAGCCUACUCUUCUGUUGACCUUAUCUGUCUUGCUUUACUUAGCAUUGAUGUUGAUGUCUCACUUUGUCUAAGUCCCAUGUAUUGGGUAUCUUUCUUUCUGUCUAUAGUAAGGCAAGAUAAAAAAUGUGUACUUAGGGUGCUAAAAGUUACAGAUUGCUACUUUUUCAUUCAUUUCAUUCUCUCUCUCUCUCUCUCUCUCUCUCUCUCUCUCUCUUUUCUUUCUUCCUUCUAUUUAAGAAUGAUGGAUGCCACUGUGUUCUUGGGGACAGGUGUGUGCCUUUCCAAAUCAUGUCCAAUCAAUAGAAUGUACCACAGGUGGACUCCAAUGAAGUUGUAGAAACAUCUCAAGGAUGAUCAAUGGAAAAAGGAUGCACCUGAGCUCAAUUUCGAGUCUCAUAGCAAAGGGUCUGAAUACUUAUGUAAAUAAAGUAUUUCUGUUUUUUUAUUUUUUUUUUAUACAUUUGCAAAAAUGUCUUCAAACCUGUUUUUGCUUUGUCAUUAUAGUGUGUUGUGUGUAGAUUGAUGAGGGUAAAAACAAUUUAAUCAAUUUUUGAAUAAGGCUGUAAUGUAACAAAAUGUGGAAAAAGUCAAGGGGUCUGAAUACUUUCCGAAUGCACUGCAUAUUCUGUUUGUUUUGUAAACUUCAUGUCAACAACAUCAGUUCCUAUUAGUGCUACAAUGCAAGUCCCAUGGAAUAAAAGCGUUCUGCUCUCUGUGGUAGAGAUGUACUCUAACUUUUCUUUCUGUAUGCAGGCCAAGUUCUUUUUGUAUGUAGCUCUGCUGAGAAAUAGGCUAAUUUGCGCUCUAAUGGUGUUUUCCCCACUUAGCUAGAAAUCAAAGUUUGCGGCCAGAGGGGCAGUCUAGGAAUCAGCAUUGCAGGAGGGAAGGGCUCUCUGCCUUACAAGGAGCAUGACGAGGUCAUCCUUAUCGCAGGAGCAGCCCUGCUGCAGCCCCAAUCGGAACACCACACCUCCUGCAUGAUAAGGGUAGCUAAUAAUAAUAAUAUCUCUGGAGUGGCAUUUAUAAAUGGCAGGAAUGUUAGCCAGCAGUAAAGUAGCUGAAUAUUUACCUAGGCAGUUGAUAUUUCAUUUCAGUGUUAGCGCUCAGCUGACAUAUUUUAGAUUCAAAUUCAGAUCAGAUUAUUGGCGGUGAAGAGAAACCAAAGUUGAUUAAAACAAUUCCCUUGGUGAUGUUUGCCAUUCAAUUCCAGUUGUUGUACUUCUACUAUAGUUUAUAUUACAUUUUGUAUAUCUUUAUAUCCAACGCGUCGAGAGGAGCACCAUCGGAAAAGGUGGGGGUCCACAUUGGAGACAGAGUGCUAGAGGUUGGACCCAAAUAUCCUCCCAUGUUGUAGGCCCCCUAGUUCUGUUUAUUUUCAUGUAGCUACUAUGACCACCAGAUUAUAAAUCACCAGUGUACAUCCCCUCCAUACCAGGCUCAGUAAAAUAGGCCAUUGCAAUUCACCUCCUGGCCAGAGGAGGGCGGCAUUAGACAGACACAAAUGCACAAACUGUGGUCUGCAGAGGUUACAGUUACAAAGGAGUUAUGCUGGUUAGUAGAAACAAAUAUUUUUCUCUUAAAAACAAGUAUGCAAAAAUAUCUGUAUCUAGUGUGAUAUUGGUCAAGGAGUUGACCUUUCAUUUGCACUGCACUGCAAAUGUAAUCUCAAACUCUUAGACCAAAUGUGGCUCUGAAUGAUCUAUUGCUGGUCUAUAAAUAGACCUGUUUAUUUUCAGUGAAUGCACACUUCGAGGCGAUAGCUUCUAUUUACCACCCUCGACCCCUGCUUCUACUUUCGCUGGUGUCCAACUGGAUCAUUUGUCACUUGUCCAUCCAGGUCAAUGGCCUGGACAUGCAAGUGGUCAGCCACCACGAGGCUGCCCUGAGGAAUGCUGGGAGCUGCAUCAAGAUGAAAGUCAUGCCUCGAUGCCUGCCGGGUCCAGCAGGAAAGUGCUGUUGCUGUCACCGUGAAGAGAGACAUUCUCAUGAGCUGGCAGCUUGUUGACCAGGAGGAAGGACGCCAGCCACCCAAGGCCCAGCAGCCAGGCCCGGAGCCCUCUGUGGACUGUAGCCUGGCCAAGAGGAUUGAGACUGUGGUCUGUAACGGCAACGGAGUGGUGAGUGGAGUUUACCACUCCAAUGGCUCCAAGUAUAAUUGUGUUGGCAAAAUAAAAGUGAGGCAGAAUAGAAUCCUAGGUUGGGUAUUGUCUUUUUAAAACGACUCCAAUAAUAUAGUGUCUCGUUUUUUUCAGAACAUUCUCUCCAUCUAUAGGUUAUGCAGCGUUUCCCAAACUCGGUCCUCGGGACCCCAAAGGGUGCACGUUUUGGCUUGUGCCAUAACAUUACACAGCUGAUUCAAAUUAUCAAAGCUUGAUGAUUAGUUGAUUAUUCGAAUCAGCUGUGUAGUGCUAGGGCAAAAACCAAAAUGUGCACCCCUUGGGUCCCGAGGACAGAGUUUGGGAAACCUUGGGUUAUGGUCUUCAUUAUUGUUCAUGUCUUUGGUUCUUCUCAGCCUGAUCUGGAGACUGUCCUUAAUUGGUCAUUCUUUGAAUGAGAACCGGAGACCUCGUUUAAAAGCCAUGCACUUCAAGUGGUGAAAAAUACCAUGACGGUAAGCAAAAAGCUUUCUCAGGGGUCUAAAAAAGAUGCCCUUUCCUCACACCCUCUCCUUUAUCACCAUUGUCUGAAAAACUGACCAGGUAAAAGCCAGCUGGUGGAAGCUCAUCAUUAGGCUGGUUUUCACCUGGUCGAGUAUUUUCUGAUCAGUCGAGGGGAAGGAGAUGAAGGGAGGACAGAACAAUCACAUUUUUUGAAAGAGUUUCUGAUGCAAUCUUUGAAACUUGUCAGAGUCAUCGCAUAGUGUCCCAUACAGAUAUAGGAUCUUCAUUUGAUCACCCUGUUGCAGGAUAACUUUCCUGGAAGUGAAAAAACUUGUAGUGUAUUUGAGGUUUAAAAAGGCUUCUGAAGUUUGUAAUUUCCACUUUGAAAUUUCAGACUUGAUUUUCACUUAUGAAAAAUGUAUCAACCCCUACAACAAUGUCCAUUAGUUAUAAUCCACAUAAUACUGUAAUUCACAUUUCCCGUUGCUGAUGGAUUAUUCUCCUACUGUAGUAAACUGGCUCGAAUUAAGAUCCUGCAUCUGUAGAUGUACGCACUUGUUGAAUAAUUAAUCCUCUAUUAGCCCCUUAUCAAACGACCUUAACGGGAUUGUUCACUUCAAAAGUUUGUCAGAAGUGUUCCAAGCUCAGAAGUGGUAUAAUGCUAAAUUGAAGCCAUGUCCCACCCCAUCCGUUGUUUAGUAUACUUCAACCCCAGAUUAAUCGAAAAGAUACGCACUGUCAAAUUUCCAAAUUUUAUUCAGUGCCUCUUUCCCAUUCAUUUGGGAUUAGGGGGUAAAGCUGGAUCUAGACAACAGAUGAAGUGAGACGUGGACUCGUCUCGACAGUUGUGAAAUUCUAGUUGUGAAAUGCCAGUAUGUUAUCAAACUAGAUGAUUUACCGAUCAUCCAUUUUAUUUCCCACCCAAUCAUGUUCAAUUCCUGGGCAAUCUCCUGCUAGAUACCUCGGAUUAUCCUCACCCACCCCUCUACCUCAGACGACGAUGUGGAGCCUGUGACACAGGACCCUGACAGUGAGGCAUUAGAGGACUUUGAGGAUCCAGACUGCCACAUCCACUCUGAGUGCUUUAACAGUGCUUACUAUCCCCCCUGA